CAGUCCACGUCGCGCUGCCUGCGGAACACGACACGUUAUUGGAGCUGUGAAGAUGCCCGUUAGCGCGAGCGCGCGCACCACACGCCCAUGAGACCGGACCGGAAAACGUCGCGUCUCGUGCGCACACUAACGCUUCGAGGACGUGCACUUUUUAUGGACGUGACAUCUUCGAGUCCGACUAGUUAAAGAUGGAUCCGUGUUCUCCGGUGUGUCACGUAACCGAGAGCAGCUCGAAAACUAUCAUGUCUGCAAGGGCAGCGAUCUGCUUCCAGCCUCGUCCAGGUCCCCGUGUGAGGACACGUCCUGGUCUGGUGUGAUAGAUGGAAUGAGGCCGUGUUUGACUCGUCUCCUGCGCUGUAUUUGUCACAGUUUCCCACAACUCUAAGGGAUGGAGUGGCUCAUCAUCUCUCUGAUAAUCCUGGUUGUUUCUACCUCCGGACAUCUCUGUCCCAAGCGUUGCAUGUGCCAAAACCUCUCUCCGUCACUCGCUAUCCUUUGUGCCAAGACGGGCCUGCUCUUUGUACCCACGGUAAUCGAUCGCCGGACAGUAGAACUUCGUCUCACUGAGAACUUCAUCACAACAGUAAGGAGAAGAGACUUUACCAACAUGACCAGUCUCCUGCACCUGACGCUGUCACGCAACGCCAUCAGCCAGAUCAUGCCUCACACAUUUGCUGACCUCAAACGGCUGCGAGCGAUGCAUCUGGACAGCAACCGCCUCAGUGUGGUCACAGACGACCACUUCCAGGGUCUGACUAAUCUGAGACACCUUAUUUUAGCCAACAAUCAGCUCCAUGACAUUUCUCCACAUGCUUUUGAUGACUUCCUGGGGACUCUUGAAGACCUGGACCUGUCCUACAAUAAUCUGGUGGACAUUCCUUGGGACACCAUUGGGAGGCUCACCAACGUAAACACGCUUAACAUGGACCAUAACCUUAUAGAGCAUGUCCCUUUAGGAGUGUUUUCCAACCUACACAAACUAGCGCGUCUGGAUAUGACCUCCAAUAAACUGAAAAAAAUUCCUCCUGAUCCUUUGUUUCUUAGGAUCCCAGUUUAUGCUAAAUCCAAGGGGUCUCCACUGACCUCACUUGUGCUUAGCUUUGGAGGAAACCCUCUGCAUUGUAACUGUGAGCUCCUUUGGCUAAGACGGCUAACGAGAGAAGAUGACCUGGAAACGUGCGCCACACCUCCUGAUCUUACUGCUAAAUACUUUUGGACAAUUCCUGAGGAAGAGUUCAUCUGUGAGCCACCGGUUAUUACAAGGAGGUCCUUCAAAACCUUUGCUAUGGAGGGUCAGCCAGCCAGCUUAAAAUGUAAAGCCAAUGGUGACCCUGACCCAGACAUCCACUGGAUUUCUCCAGAAGGUCGUCUGAUCUCCAACAAUUCCCGCACUCUCACCUUUAGCAACGGUAGCCUGGAAAUAAACAUUACCUCCCUGAAGGACAUAGGAGUGUUCACUUGUAUUGCCUCCAAUGCUGCUGGUGAAUCUACAGGCACCGUGGAGCUUGUGGUCACCCCACUUCCUCACCUGGCCAAUAGCACUAAUCGCGUCCAGGAGUCUGAUCCAGGACCAUCUGAUAUCUUGACAUCUGCCAAGUCCAGCUCUUCCUAUAGCAAUGAUACAAGAAUGCAAGAAAAGUCGACAAUACUAGCUGAGCUCACUGCAAACUCCGCUCUCAUCAGAUGGCCGUCACAGCAGCAUUUCCCAAGUAUUAGGAUGUUCCAGAUUCAGUACAACAGCUCGGUAGAUGACACUCUGGUCUACAGGAUGAUCCCAUCUACAAAUCAGGACUUUUUGGUGAGAGAUCUGUCGUCUGGGCGUGAGUACGACCUGUGUGUGCUCGCUGUGUACGAGGACAGCGUAACCUCACUCACUGCCACACGGCAGGUGGGCUGCGUCUCGUUCAUCACACAUGCCGAGUUCACCCAGUGCCAUGUGUUGCGCAGCCACUUUUUGGGUGGAACCAUAAUCAUCAUCAUUGGUGGCAUCAUUGUAGCAUCUGUGCUGGUCUUCAUCAUCAUCCUUAUGAUUCGCUACAAAGUCUACAGCCAGCAUGGGCCAAAGGCCGGCAAGGGGCUCGACAAGAGCAAGGUGCGUUCACAGAGCAAUGGAGGAGGACAGGGUCCGGGACAAAUGCCCUGUUCCGGCUCUAAAGUCAUGGAGGGGCAGGAGGACCAAGGAUCAGGAUUCGGGGGAGUCACACGGGUGACACCGUCCUCUCUCAAAGACUGCAUUACCAUGGCUUUAGUUAUGGACUGUGAGAAGGGACUGCAGAGCUCCGAGGCCAGCGGUGAGGGCACAGUUUUACCCUUACAGAAGCGCCUCUCCAGGACUUGCCUAGAGCAAAAAGUUCAACCUUCACUGUCCACCAUCGAUGGGACUGCAACUGUGGAAGGAAACACAACAGACCAGCAGGUCAGUGAGGAGAAAAAGGUUUUGCCAGACUGGGGCAAUUUAAAAAUUUGAUGACCUCUAAUGCUGUCCAACAAGAGACAGCCACCAACCCUGAAAAAGCUCCUUAAGUGACCUGAAAUCAUGGAAAAAAUAAAGACUGAUUGAGGGAAUUAUUUCUUUAAAGGAAAAAGUGCCAUUCUUCUAUCUCUAAGACUGUCCAAGAAAUUAGAUUUAUGGACUUUAAGAAUUCGCUCUUGAAGAACAAAGAAGUCUGAGUCUGUGGUUGUUGUAUGUCUCUGGCUUGUGGACUUUUCUACCUUCUCUCCUCUCUGAGACCAGGAGUGUCUUGUUUUGCUCCAGUCACAGUGUUCAUCACAGAAGGUAUUCUCCUUUUAUCAUCCUAGAGAUAUCCAGAAAGAUCCAGAAGGAGAUGUAGGACACACCUGAGACCUGUAGGACACACCUGAGACCUGUAGGACACACCAGAGACCUGUAGGACACACCUGAGACCUGUAGGACACACCUGAGACCUGUAGGACACACCUGAGACCUGAUCUUCUUCUCUUCUUCUUCAACUCAUUUUUACGAGAACUGACUAAAGAAUAAAUGACACAACACACAGGAGUCUGAGGAGUCCAAGGGUUUUUUCUAAUGUUCUUUAACGUUACUUUGAUGUUUUGUUUAGUAGUGUACAUAACUGUACAUAACUGUACAUAACUGUACAUAACUGUACAUAGCUGUACAUAAGCAAUUUCAAAUCUUAUAGUUUUGUACAUGUAUUUUUUAUGGCGUUUAAUCAUAUAAAGAGUGUUUGACUCAAAGAUUUAAUGUAACGACACAAACACAUAAAGUCUGUUGACACAGUGAAAGAAACUGCACCUUUCAUGUGUGGGCUGGAGAUGAUGAUGAUGAUGAUGAUGAUGAUGAUGAUGAUGAUGAUGAUGAUGGUGAUGGGAAAAUAAUCAAACUUUAACCAAAUUAAUGCAUCCAUUACACAAAAAAACCUCGGAGCCUGAACACACAGUUUCACCACAUCUCCUGGAAAUGCAGAUGAAUUAGGAGCUGAAUUCUGUUAGGUACUAAAAUGAGAUGAACAUCACACCACCACACUGACCAUAUGGCCACAC